AUGGAAAAUCAGAAUUUGGAGUUUUUAGCUGUAAUUAAGUUCCCUACUAAAGAGGGACCAAAUGCCAGAGAAAUCCAUCGCUGCAUGGCUGAUGUGUAUGGUGAUAAUAGCCCGCAGCGGCAAAGUGGUCAGCAGAAUUUAAACGUGGACGAAGCCCUCUGGAGGAUGACCCAGUCCCGGUCAGGUCAGCCUGUUGAUGCCAUCAGUAAGGAGAUAGUUGAGGGUCUUGUAAUGAAAUAUCGUCGAAUCAAAGUCGAUGAACUUGCUAGAGAGUGUGGCAUUUCCUAUGGAAGUGUUUGCAUUAUAAUUCAUGAACAUCUGGGGAUGUCAAAGAUUUCUGCAAGAUGGGUCCCCCGAAACCUGAACAUGCAGGAUCGUCAGCAAAGUCUGGAAUCAUGUCGAGAGCUUCUUGAAAUUUACAAUGCCAAUCCAGAAGACUUUCACACUCGUCUCGUAACAGGAGAUGAAACAUGGAUUCACCACUGGGAUCCAGACACUAAAAAAGAAUCAAUGCAAUGGAAGUGCCCUGGCUCAACCCCAACUAAGAAAUUCCGUACUCGACCAUCAGCUGGCAAAGUAAUGGCCACUGUAUUUUGGGACUUAAAGGGGGUGAUAUUAAUAAAUGUUAAACCUGCUGGUAGUGCAAUCAUUGGGUCCUACUAUGCAGAUCUUAUCAACCAGCUAAGGGCUGCUAUUAAAGAAAAUAGAAGGGGGAAGCUAGCCGCUGGUGUACUGCUUCUGCAUGACGGUGCACAAGUCAAGACUUGCACAAGCGGCUAUUCGUGA